ACAGUCCAGGACCAUGGCGGAGGGGACCACAAAGAAACAGGGCAUCAAAAAGUGCCGCAGCGCCACCUUCAGUAUAGACGGGUUCAGCUUCACCAUCGUGGCCAAUGAGACGAGGACAGGAAAGCCCCGCCCCCUGGCCCGUCUGGCACGCUCGCGCUCGCAGAAUGCCCUGUGCUCUGGGGGCUCUCCGGGGGCCACUCUGGGGGGUCCUGACCUCCGGCCCUUGGUGCUGGAUCAGCGCAGUGCGGCUGAGAUCCUGGCAGAAGAGCUCCCCUCACCCGAAGCUCCUGAUGCCAUGGAAAGGACGGCUGUCAGGCUGCGGUGUCUCGUGAAGCAGCUGGAGAGAGGAGAAGCUUCUGUAGUGGACCUCAAGAAGAACCUGGUGUUUGCUGCCUCUGUGCUGGAGUCUCUGUAUGUGGAGGAGACCAGGCGUCUCAUGGACCUAGAGGAUGAGUUCAGUGAUAUUCACUCAGACUGCGUCCCCUCUGAGGUGAGGGAUUGGCUGGCCUCUACCUUCACCAGGCAGAGGACCCUCCUGAGACGCUCCGACGACAAACCUCGAUUCAGGGCCAUCGUCCACGCAGUGCAGGCCAGCAUCUUUGUGGAGAGAAUGUACCGCCGCACCUCCAACCAGGCCGGCCUCUGCUACCCCUCCACUGUCAUCUCUGUGCUCAAGAACAUGGACAUGUGGUCAUUUGAUGUAUUCGCUCUGAACGAUGCCAGUGGAGACCACGCCCUCAAGUUUGUCUUCUACGAGCUGCUUUCCCGUUACGACCUCAUCAAUCGCUUUAAGAUUCCCAUCUCGUCUCUGCUGUCCUUCUUGGACCUGCUGGAGGAGGGCUACAGCAAACACAAGAACCCCUACCACAACCUGAUGCACGCGGCCGACGUCACGCAGACCAUCCACUACCUGCUGCUCCAGACUGGCAUAGUGCACUGGCUGACUGAGUUGGAGACUUUUGCCAUUAUAUUUGCUGCAGCGAUCCACGACUACGAACACACAGGCACCACCAACAACUUCCACGUUCAGACCAGGUCAGACACUGCUAUGCUCUACAACGACCGCGCUGUUCAGGAGAACCACCACAUCAGCGCUGCAUACCGCCUCCUGCAGGCUGAAGACGAGCACAACAUCCUGUGCAACCUGUCCAAAGAAGACUGGAGAGAGCUGAGGUCCCUGGUGGUGGAGAUGGUGCUGGCCACAGAUAUGUCCUGUCACUUCCAGCAGAUCAAGACCAUGAAGGGCCUGCUGCAGCUGCCCGACACAAUAGACAAGCCCAAGGCCUUGUCUCUGCUGCUGCACACGGCCGACAUCAGUCAUCCUGCUAAACGCUGGGACCUGCACCACCGCUGGACCUCCUCCCUGCUCGAGGAGUUCUUCAGACAGGGGGACAAAGAGGCCGAGCUCGGGCUGCCCUUCUCUCCUCUGUGCGACCGCAAGUCCACCAUGGUGGCUCAGUCUCAGAUCGGUUUUAUCGAGUUCAUCGUGGAGCCCACCUUCACUGUGCUCACAGACAUGAUCGAGAAGAUUGUCAGUCCUCUGAUGGAGGAAACUGCCCGCUCCGGGGCCAGGGGCUGGCGCCACUCCAGUCUGAACAGUGUGAGUGGCAGUGAUGUAAAGAGCCUGCGCAGCACAGCGUCUGAGGGCGGUGUCCCUGUGGCCUCCGUGGACUUCAAGAGCUUCAGGGUCGUGUGGAACCAGGAGAUUCAGCACAACUGUGACACAUGGAAGAGCCAGGCCUCCAUAGAUGUGGAGGACAAUUCCAGAAAGAAGAGCAAAGUGGACCCUGAGGAUCUGGAGGAUAGACUGCUAAAGGCCAAUCCUCAGAAGACAGAGGACACUGUGAAGAUGAAAAAGGAGACAGUGGACAAGACUGUGCCUGUGACAAGACCAGUCCCCACUCAGAGACAGAAGCAGUCAGCUGAAAAAUCACAUGACUCCAGCAGCCAAUCGGAAAAAAUCCCUCCAGUACCUAAUGGAGAGUCCCACCCGCGGCCCAUAGUCUACUACUACAAGCGGCCGAGUUACUGCGUGCGUGCAUACCAGGUGGUGCACUCCAAGAUGAGCGACAUGAGACCUAUUGAUGCCCGAGGGAAGGCCCGCAGACUGCAGAGGAUCUCCCUGCGCCGCCGCAAGUGA